AUGGGCUUCCUUGCAGACUUCUGGAAGGGGGAGCGCAGGGUCAGGCCUGUGAAUAUUCAUGCAGGCCUGGGAGAGUCCCUGGGGGUACAAAACCUGGCCAGUCACUGUGCGGCCUUUAGGCCCAUCCCACCCCCUCUAGAGCUCAAUUUCACUGUGCGCACUGAGGACCCUGCCCACAAGGAGAUGGAUGGAGACAUCAAGUCCAGGACAGGCCACAGAGAUGAGGCCAAAGGGACAGGAGCCAAGGGGUCCCUGGGGUGGGACGCGGAGCGUGAGGGGCGCGGAACGCAGGGCGCGGGGACAAGCGGGGCACAGGGGCGCAGGGCGGGUCCCGGCAGGCGGCGCCCUCCUCCUCCUCUUCCUUUUCCUCCUCCUCCUGUGCUGCCGCUUGGCUCCCGCUCCCCCUCGCGUCGCAGCCGGCACUUUGCAACCUCCCUGCCCGCCGCGGCAGCUGCAGCUCCGCGCCCCGCCGGCCCGGCUCGUCCCCCGGAAGGGGGCAGCGGUCAGCGGCGCGCAGCGGCGAGGGGAGCGACCCGCGCGGGAGCUCGGGGGCGGGAGCUGAGGCGCGCCCGCCGCGCGGGGACCAUGGCCGGCGCUGCGGAUCCCCCGGGCAGGGCGGCUGAGUACCGGCAGGAGCUGACCCGGAUCGUCGCGGCGCAGCAGGGGCUGCUGGCGCCCCGGCGGCGGCGCAUCGAGGAGCUGGAGCGCCAAGUGGCGCGGCUGAGCCGCGAGAACGCCGGCCUGCUGGAGCCGCACCGGCGACACCUGGCCGCGUGCGCCCGCCGCGUCGACUCGAGCCCUGGACCCAGCCCCGGACCACAACCGCUUGGCGCCGUCCCGGAGCUCGGCAGCCGCCGCGACAAUGGAAUGGGACAGAGACCAAAUAUGGCUUGUACUUGGACUUUGAAGGAAGUGAUGUCAUAUCAGCCACUACAGCGAAAACUCUUUUCUGUGGGUGGUCAGGAGGAAGGCUGCUGUAAGGGGACAUGGAGCAAAGGUGACCUGCGAAAGGAGUACGCAGUGUGGGGAAGGAGUGUCCCAGAGUUCCAGCCGGGCGAAAGAUCCCGAGGUGGGGCGAGCCUUGCCGAGUUCCAGAGACAGCCGGAGGCCAGUGGCUCUAAAGCAGGACACGAGGCAGCCCAGCUGCUGAAGCCAGGAGGCAUGCUCGUUUAUAGCACGUGCACUAUCACCCUGGCAGAAAAUGAAGAGCAGGUUGCCUGGGCCCUCAGCACAUUUCCUUGCCUCCAGCUUCAGCCCCAGGAGCCACGGAUUGGAGAAGAAGGGAUGAUGGGAGCUGGCUUAUCACUUGAACAGUUGAGACAGCUGCAGCGAUUCGAUCCAUCUGCUGUGCCAUUACAGGACCCUGACCAGGAUGCUCUUAGAGAUGCCACAGCAGAAGACAUGAUCCGGCUGGCAAAUAAGGAUUGUAUAGGUUUUUUUAUUGCAAAAUUUCUAAAAUGGAAAAGCACAUCAGAGAAGGAUCCUCAGAAAUGAAAAUUCCACAUCCUUGCUUUCUGUUCUAUUCCCCUCAUGUCUCUUAAACCAGAGUGACAUCAGGCCACCUAAGGAUAGUAUGGUUGCCAAGGAAACAGGAGACGGUCAGUGGUUUCACCAGGACUGCCAGUGGUUUCAUCAAGACAGAGAAUUGUGUGUAUGGGUGGGGGUUGUGAAAUUAUGUUCUGGAUUGAAAAAAUUUUUUCUAGGAUUCAGUAGUGUAUAAAGCAAAGGAGCUACUUAUGGAUGCCUGUAACAUUUUCAUUUGGGGUCUUGUUUUAAUUAAUAAAGAAUAAUACUAAAAAUUAGUAUUUAA